UCAGCACAACCAGGACUGGUCAGAAGCAGGUGGACCCAGUUACCUGCCCUGCGCUACCUGGAGCUACCUUCUAUCACCUUUAGCACCUCCUACCUCAGAACCCUGUUCCACGGUUCCACAGGCCUGGGGAUUCCCAGACAAGUCAUGGAGAAGGAGGAAGAAGAGGAAGAGAUCUUCACAGCCUGGCCUGCUGACGAUGAAGAGCCAGAAAGCCCAGAGGAGCUGGAUGAGGAGGAAGAAGAAGAAGAGGAAGAGGAGGCGGCGAGGAAGAGGAGCUUGGAUAUUCCCAGGCCGGGCCAACUAUUGGCCAAACGUAGGGCCUCUCUUCCAUGUCCGGCUCAGCUGAGCGUGAUGCACUUGACCCACCUGACCCAUCUGACCCGUCUGCACACAGCCACCAUGGCUCCUGCCCCAGCCCACCUUAGACACAGGUUAGACGGCAGUGAGCACCAUGACCAUUUCGGCGAAGAGGAUGAAGACAGACGUGUGUAUAAAAGACGACCCAGUACCAUCCCGACCAUACCUGAGGUUCUGGAGCCACCUGAGAGAAAGGCGCGGUUCAGGAGCCGCAAUGUCAUGUCACUUAGUGAUGCAGACAGUCUGUGUCUAAUUUGCCAUGAUGAUCUACGCAAAGGAGGAGGAUCCAUCAGAGAGCUGCACUGCUCACACAGUUUCCACACUGAGUGCAUAGAGGAAUGGCUGUGGACAAAGCAGACCUGCCCUACGUGUCGCAAACAAGUGGCCAUGCCAGAACCUCUGUACUGGACAUCCACUCGCGUCAAAGUGCCCUGAUCCAUCACAGUCACUGAAUUUUUUUACCCAUCUGAGAUUUCAUAGACAUGGAGAAAUUUGGAUUUUAAAGAAACUUUGUCAACUUUUGAUUACUUUUACACACUAGUGUUUGUGCCGAUCACUGACUGUCCAGUACACAUGUGGAUAUUUCUGCAUCUUCCUGUUGUAAUGGGAUUACUUUGGAAUUUAGUAGCCUAUAGUAGUGAAAAUGAUGCAGAUCAGAGAUGCAAAAUCACAAAUAAAAUAUUGACUAACUCAUGAACCAGAAAUCAGACCAUAACAUUUUAUAGCCAGUUCCAUUAUCUUCUAUUGCAAAUCGUUUGAAUUUAAUCCAUCAUAUGGAACAGUUUGUUUUUCUACGUUGUUUCUUGUAUGAUUGUAUGCAUAAAAUGUUUAAUCCAGUUGUUCAUGAGUUUCUGAAAUAAGA